AUGCAGGCACGGCAAGCACGACGCACCUCACGAGACAUCCCACCACGCCAUGAGCAAGACGUCGGAACGCAGGCACGACAAGCACGACUCACUAUACGCUACAUCGCGCCUCGACAUGCGCAAUCGGCAGGUCGCAACGUACAGACCACUGCGCCAAACGAUGAGCCAGAUGGCGACAGCGAAGUGGAAACCGCAAAACCAAGUCGUACGGGCAAGCGCGACCAGCCAAUGCCGGCAAAAGCUCAACUGCUUCAGGCUGCUGCAAAUGAAAGGAAUCACCGCACCGUCACUGCCGGCGAGGUGGGAGACACACGAACUCGUUUGUGA